AUGUGUUCCACUAAAAUUGCACAUUUCCUGAAGCAAUAUUUACCAAAUAAGCCUCACAAAUGGGGCUAUAAGCUUUUUAUACUCUGUUAUCUUAUGGGAUAUGCUUACAUAUUUGAGGUCUAUUCUGGACAAGAAGAAAAAAAAGAUGAACCUGAUCUAGGAAUAACAAAUAACGUCGUUAUACGUUUGGCGAGAGCUAUACCAAGGAUGAACAAUCAUAUUGUAUUCUUCGAUAAUUUUUACACAUCCUUGCCUUUGGUAAAUUAUUAUUUGAAUAAACAGGGUAUACAAUAUGUCGAAACUAUUCAGCAAAACAGGGUACCGAAUUGUCGACUCCCUGAUAAAAAGGAACUUAUGAAAACUUUUGUUCCGAGAGGCACAUAUGAGGAACGCGUUUCCGGAUUUUCAGAUGGAGUAGACUUUUCGGCCACUGCGUGGAAAGAUAAAAAAGUCGUCACUCUUUUAUCGACUUACGUCGGCGCCGAGCGUGUUGGAAAAGUAUCAAGACACGACAAGAAAGCUAAACAAAAAAUUGACAUCCCUUGUCCCAAAAUUGUGCACGAGUACAACAUGCAUGGGAGGAGUCGACCUAAUGGACAGCUUUUUAGGACGCUAUCGAAUUUAAAUAAAGAGCCGAAAAUGGUAUUUACGCUUGUUUUAUCAUCUACUGGAGCUCACUACAAUCAACUCUUGUGA